GAGAGAGAAUUUCUCCUUGCUUCUUCAUUCAGUCGCAUGUGUGUGUGUCUGAGCUGUUGUGCUGGAUGGAUCCUGCAGUAUAACAGAUUUUUUUUUUUUUUUUUAAUUUUGGCACAGAUUUGGAUUACAAAUGCAUUUGAGGGGAAAGAGAUGAUAUGAUGCACGUGCGUUUUAACAGCCAGUGCAGCAUAAAGCUGUGCUAUGGAAGAAGUCAGAAAACUAAAGCACAGCAUUAGGAAUGAACUCGGCGGUGCUCAGUGCUCACCAAGGAUGAAGAGAAAUUAAAAUAUACAUCAAUCUUAAAAAAAAAGCAAAAAAAAAAAAAAACUGCACGUGGAUGAAGUUGCAUGUUGCGAACAAGUGAAAGCAAGAUAAGGAAGAAGAAAAAGAAGAAGAAGAAGUGAUGAACUGGAGGAUUGGAUACCCUGAGCUGCAGAUGCACAGAUGCAUGGAGAGAUCGAUGGAUGGAUACGUGCGUUGUUGUUGUUGUUGCUGUUGUUUCUUAUGAGGAUGGAGGCUUUUGUUGAAAUGUUGUUUUCUUUGCAAAACCUCCCUCGACUUGCUUCAAAAGCGCUAAAGGUGGAGCAAUGCAGGGAAGCCGAAUGCGCGCAUGCAGCAUGAAACACUCCUCUCUAACAAAGUGGUGAAUGUGUGUGUGUGUGUGUGUGUGUUUUAAUACACUGCUCAUUGAACAGUUCUUUUAUUUCUCUGGCUGGAUUUCUUGCUGUACUUCUGAAAUAAGCGCGCGAUCACCCAGGGGCUGGUGUGCGCGAGACUCCGCACCACUGAUUGCUUUGUUUUUUUUUUUUUGGAAAUAUCCUUCGUUUCUUUUCUAAUUAUUCCUAUCUAAAUGGAAGUAUUGGAGAUCGAAGGCAGUGGUGAAAGGAGCAGACAUGGUUCAUGGGCGCAGUUUCCUUCACGUUGUUGCAGGUCUCCUCAUGGUUGGCUUGUCUGUUGCGACAAAAAAAGAAGCAGUGAAAAACAACUCAGGGGUUCAACCAGCAGGACAGUGUGGAACGUGGGUGAAAAAACCAGAGGGAGGACUCUUCACAUCCCCCAAUUACCCCAACAAAUACCCACCAGAGCGAGAGUGCAUUUACGUCAUUGAAGCUCCCCCGAGACAGUGCAUUGAUCUCUUCUUUGACGAGAAGUACUCAAUAGAGCCUUCAUGGGAAUGUAAAUUUGACCACAUCGAAGUGCGUGACGGACCUUUUGGCUUUUCUCCAAUAAUCGGACGCUACUGUGGCCAGCAGAGCCCGCAGUACAUCAGGUCAAGCGGCCGAUACCUCUGGAUAAAAUUCGUAGCGGAUGGUGAACUAGAAGCCAUCGGAUUUUCAGCAAACUACAACUUCACCACAGAUCCUGACUUUAAAGACAUGGGAGUCCCCAAGCCUCUUCCCGCAUGUGAGUUUGAGAUGAGUGGACCCGAAGGCAUCAUUGAAUCACAACAGAUAAUCAGAGAUGGUAAAGCUUUACAGACGGAGGCCGUGGACUGCAAGUGGUUCAUCCGAGCUCCUCCUCGCUCUAAGAUCUACCUGCGGUUCCUGGACUAUGAGAUGCAGAACUCAAAUGAGUGCAAGCGAAACUUUGUGGCUGUGUAUGACGGCAGCGGCUCUGUUGAAGAUCUGAAGUGUAAAUUUUGCAGCACGGUGGCUAGUGACGUGACAUUGAGAACCGCACUGGGUGUUGUGCGUAUGUGGGCCGAUGAGCACAGCCGCCGCAGCCGCUUCCGGAUCCUCUACACCACGUUUAAAGAGCCUCCCUGCGAGGCUGACAUGUUCUUCUGCCACAGUAACAUGUGCAUCAACAACUCACUGGUGUGUAAUGGGAUCCAGAACUGUGUGUAUCCAUGGGACGAAAAUCACUGCAAAGAGAAAAGAAAAGCGAACAUCCUGGACAACCUGAACAACACUAACAGCAGCAUCAUUGGUGUGACGUGCUGCAUCGUCCUCGUCCUCCUCGUCGUCUCCGUCACGGUGCAGAUCAAGCAGCCACGGAAGAAGUACGUGGUGCAGCGUGACGACUUUCAGGAAGUGUUCCAGGAAACGCCUCGGCGCUAUGACCUCGGUGACAUUGCCGAACUUACAGACGAUGUUGAGACGACCUUUCAGAAGCGCUGCGUUCACGAGCACCACUGUGGCCGUGCCAAAACUGCAGCCGUGAUGGAUCCGCAUCAUCACCACCACCAUUAUCAUCAUCAUCAUCACGAUAACCGGCGCAGCAUCGUGGUCAUGAAGCACAGCUACUCGCAAGAAGAAGCAGAGAUGGAGGAUGAGCUUGAUGAGGAGGUGCCAACCACCAGCCACCGACUGGCCAGACACGACAAAGCAGUGCAGCGGUUCUGCCUCAUUGGGUCUCUAAGCAAACACGAAUCAGAGUACAACACGACUAGGGUGUAGGAGACGAUCAGGAGGCAGAUGCAUCACAUCCCUGCAUCUUCCCAGGUGUGACAACUUGAAGGAGGAAACUUGUAAACCCUGCUACAACACUGUUGCGCUCAGUGACAAACUUAACAGCAGUUACACCUGCAUUUUCUCUGGCGGAUUAAACAUUUGUUGGGUUGCUUGUGCAGUGGAUUUUGUUCCUAUGCCGACUGAACACUAAGGACAGAAUUUCUACAACCAUAAACGAUAAACUGUAAUGUGGGUGUGUUGCUGGGGUUUUGGUUAGGAUUUGUCAUUCUAUUCUCAAUUGUUUCCUAUGUGUGGAAUAAUCUGACAAGCUGUUUUUUUCCUCUCUCAGUUGACCUUUAAGAAACUCUUGUAACGCUAAAACGACUUUUGAAUAUAAACUAUGCUGAAUGUUGAUGCAAAAUUUGACCUUUUUCCCCAAAUUAAAGUGGACUACUUUCCUGUGAUAGGUUUUCUAAUCUUGUUACAGCUGCCCAGUAAUUUACCAUUUAACAUUAAAUACCUCUUUAUGAACAAAAACUGAAGGAAGAAUGUGAAGCCCCUAAAAUAUUAACAAUCUAUAAAAAUUAGAUUAGCAAGUCUUGUCUAUGCAUAUGUCAAUAGAAAAAAAAACGCUAUCCGAUGUUUUGUUUUUCUACCAAUAAAAUGGAGGCAAAGACACAUACAUUGGAUUGUUUUCUUCAUUAAUCAUCACUGGGAAGUCUGUUAAUUUGCUAAAGGGUCUCAACUUGUUUAAACAUUAGAUCUUGAACAGAUCAUAUUUAAUAAAGUGUUAUUAAUACUGUCA